AUGGAAGCCUGCAACAUCGGUGUGCUCCUUGAGGAAACUCAUAUUCUCUCAAGGCUAACAGCUUGCCGCGAUUUGCCGUUUGAGUCCGUUCGGUACUGGAGGAACACCUUUGUAGUUCAGCUAGUCUACAUUCCAGCGGAGAAUCCCUUCAACCGUGAAAUUUGGAAACACCACUCGCCGAGGAAAGCUCUAGGGGAAUGGGGUUGUCUCCUAUUCUUCCUCCUCGUUCUCCCUGGUCUCCUCCUCCUCACCCUCCUCCUCCUCACCCUCCUCCUCCUCACCCUCCUCGUCUACAUCUUCCUCGUCUACAUCUUCCUCGUCCUCUUCCUCGUCCUCUUCCUCGCUCUCAUCUCCAGCCCCCUCGCAUGGUUCAUCGUCCACGUCACACAUCUCCUCGUAAAACAAUUGUUCCCACCUUUCCUCCUCGUCAAACUCAUCAUCAUCAUCAUCAUCAGACUCGUGGAUGGCAAGUUGCUGGAGGCCAUUUGGGCCGAGGUGGAAGGAGUCCCCAUUCGUCAUGCCCCAUUCUAG